CAGUUUUGACGUUUUGCUUAACCUUAAAAAUUAGUUAAAAAAGGGCAAAGUUCAAAAAAUAUUUUUCUUUCGUUUUGUAUUAUCCAAAAAGUGUGUUAUUUCAUUGUCAUUUUCCUUAACGCAGAUAAAUAUGUCUUGGGUUACAAAUUAUCCCUUCACCUUAUUGCAAAAGUUUUGUAUAAAUGUAAUCAAAUGUGGUCCAAUUCCAAGUCAUCUAGCCUUCAUUAUGGAUGGAAAUCGUAGAUAUGCUACGAAAACCAACGUGAAAAAGGCAGAGGGGCAUUCAAAAGGAUUCGAGAAAUUAGGUGAAUGUCUUCAAUGGUGCAGGGAGUUGGGCAUAAGGGAAGUUACCGUUUAUGCCUUCAGUAUAGAGAAUUUCAAACGCAGUAAGGAAGAGGUAGACACUUUAAUGCAAUUGGCAAGAGAGAAAUUUCAAAAAGUAUUUGAAGAAAAGGACAAGCUAAAGGAAGAAGGCGUCUGCAUUAGAGUUAUAGGAAACUUGUCGUUGCUCCCACAAGAUAUAAGGAAACUCAUUGCUGAAGCAAUGCUGCUCACGAAAGACAAUAAUAAGUCGAUAUUGAAUGUAGCAUUCUCAUACACUUCCAGUGAUGAAAUAACUAACAGCAUCAAAGAAAUAGUGGACGGGGUUAAUCAAAAUUUGAUCGACGUUGAAGAUAUCACAGAAGAACUAAUAUCUAAUUGUUUAUACACACAUUCAAGUAGUAAUCCUGAAGUUUUAAUAAGAACUUCAGGUGAAGUAAGACUAAGUGAUUUCCUUCUGUGGCAGGUUUCGGAGUCUGAAAUUUUUUUCACAGACGUAUUGUGGCCAGAAUUUUGCAUUUGGCAUUUGUUAGGUUGUGUUUUCAAGUACCAGAGGUCUUAUAACUAUUUGAAGAAAUUUGAUUACCAGUAUAAAAUUGAAAAACCUUUGACUAAAAAAGUACAGUCAUUUGUGGAUCAACUGGCUAAAAAGAGGUUUGAACAGUUAGAGCUCUAUGCAAAAUCAUAGCUGACUGAAAUCAAAAGUAUUGAACCGUCUUUCUUCAUUUGAUGAAUGUGCAUUCCAACUCACAAUAGGUUUUAUAGGGUGAGAAUAUUGGUAUCUCCAAGCUACUAAUACAUUUGUAAAGAAUAGGUAUGUAUUUCUCAAUAAGAGUUUGGACCUUUCCAGUUGUUGCCAAAAGUUACAGUAAUUUGAGUUGUGUUACUUCUAUAAUCUUUAAUUCAGUUAUAUGCAGGAACACAACUGCUAUAAAAAUUGCUGUAAUUUCCAUGUCUUCCGAAGGUAGGUUCAAACUCCAAUGGAAUCAUCACAAAAAUAACCCAAAGGAUAUCAUAUUUAUUAAGAAACUUACAGUUUAUAUAAGAGAAAAUGUCAGAACAUUUUAGGAAUUUUAUUAUAAAAGAUGGAUAAAACCUUGGUAUAAUCCCUGAUUUGAUUUUUUGUCAAAACAAAGAAAUGGUUUGAUUAGUCUUGCGUACGUUUCGAGUAGACAAAUAGUGAAUCUAUUGGAUCAAUCAAUGGACUCGGCAGUAUAUUUAAAACUGGGUUUAACGAUUAAGUGAGGCGAAUGUAACAUAAUGUUAAAACAAAGUGUCGGACCAAAGUGCGUUCAUUUUAAAUUCCACUCCGCAUAAGCAACAACUUAUCCGUGACUCAAGACAGAGUUAUGUUUCUUAUUUUCAACAGUUGACAGUUACGAAUUCUAUGCCAGUUUUUGAAAGUUUUCUUGUUUGGUUAGGCAUUAAAGUGUGUCAUCUAUGAAAUGAUGCACUCCUGCAUUGCCAUACUCAAUCUACAAAUUCAGGUAAAGAAUUCAUCUGUGGUGUGCUAUAUUGUACUAUUUGUCUUUAACAUCCUAAUGCCCUUUUUUUAUCUCUACACAUACAGAAGGGAAGGUUACAUAACAGUAGUCAAAAUAACAAUACCUAUUGAGGUAUCGAGCAUUUAUGAGAGUGAAAUGCCUAUAAGAAAGGUAAUAAUCCAGAUCAGUGAAGAUUGGCACCUUUUCUCAGGAGCUAAUCCAUAAGCAAACAAAAAGCAAGAUCCAGACAAUGAGCUGGCUUUUUCCAAAAUGUGUUCAUACCACUAGUCAGAAACAACUCCUUGUCAUUUUCUUCAAAUUCUGUUCCAGAAGAUUAUUCACAUUCGUUUCUUAUGGAUAUACCACGAUACCUUACUUUUGGAAAACAGAAUUUAUACUUUUGUACCAGCACUAGAAGUUGAUUAUAUCAAUAAUAUUAACAGAUUGACAUCCUUAUCAACAAUAAAGGUAUUACAUGAAUCAGCCUGUUCAGUAUCAAAUUUAAGUUUAUCUUUAAAAUUAACUGAAUCUUGUUUUGGAGUAAACAAAGGAAUCUUAUUUAGUUGAAUAUAGCACAUUUGAUGUACAACACAUCAAAGAUGUGAUUCAGUUCAAUCCUGUUCAUAGAAUUGUUUAUGACUCUAAACUCUUAUAGAUUUUGGUCAAUUUUGUAUACACUUGAAUUGAUGUAAUCGUACAACCUGCUGGUGUACUGGAGUCAGCAUUAUGUCAUGUAGUGUCCAUUGUAAAUGGUCCCACUUUCAUUCGCAGGGCAUAUAGAUCAUCAAAAAAAUGCUAUAUAUUGUCUGUUGCGUAAAUACUUAUGUCCAAACAUUCCAGAAGAGAGUUGAUGGAAUUAUUAUUAGAUUUUCAUCAUGAAUUAUAUUGAGGAAGUUUGAUCUCUAAUGAAUAUUUCAUCAACUUUCCACAGUCAAGAUUUUCAGUGACAAUCUUGAUUGCAAUAUGAUUAUGACAGAAGUGAGUGCUCUGUGUCAAGAAUCUGGAAAUAUAACCAUUAAAUGUAGCCAUACAAUUUGUUUUUGUAAAAAAUCCAACAUGUAAAAUAAUUUAAUAGUUUUUAUGCAUCUUUCACUCUUUUAGAUGCUUCACUAGAUUUAAUAUUGUAAAUAGUAAAUCUGAAGUAUUUUCAGUACAUUCCAAAUGGUAACCAAAACAUUAUUUCAAUGAUGAAAUUCACAUUUGAUUAUUCAUUUUUAUAUUCAUACAAAUUCCAGUGUUUAUAUAUAGUGACAGUAUGGAAUUAAGGAAUUUGUACGGACUAAAAUAAUCUUAUAUUUUCCUUUCUCAGGUGGGUCACAAAGGAAAUGGCAACUAUUCAACCUUUCAGUAAAACAAAUAUUUUCGAAAUAUGACCUGUAGAACUUUGGAAUCUAAAUUAUAGGUUUAUGUUUAUUAUUAUUGAUAUUUUAUCCGUGUAUUUGUACAUUAUUUAUUUAUUGUUAUGGAUGAAUAAUCAUAUAUAUAUAUAUUUGAACAAAAAAAUAUUGUUUCAUCAUCUUUACAGAAAUAAAUGACAUCCAUUCGUGG